AUGACUUCGCUUGCUACGCUCAGCGCCUCUAAUACUCAACUGACCGGCACGACUCUUCCCCGAGUUGCUGUCUUUGUUGGUGCGACUGCAGGUAUUGGUCAAGCAACCUUGACGCAGUAUGUCAAAAAGGGUUACCCUCUAAGGGCCUAUGUUGUCGGCCGAAAUGAAGAAAGCUUUAAGCCGGUGCUGAACGAGCUACGUGCAUCCAAUAAGGCCGCCGAGUUGAUCUUCCUGGAAGGUCAGAUCUCUCUCUUGGCCGAGACGAAGCGGCUCACGGAUGAGAUCCUUCGUCGUGAGAAACAUAUCGAUAUGCUGUUCCUUUCUGCUGGCUUUUUGCCUUUCACUGGGCGCCAAGAAACGUCGGAAGGGUUGGGAAUUGCAAUGGCCGUGGGAUAUUAUAGUCGUCAGAUCUUCGUUCGACGCCUACUCCCACUUCUGCGAGCAGCUUUCAAGCCUGGCGUCAAUCAGUACUCCCCCAGGAUCGUGAACGUUCUUGGCACGGGCGUUGAAACAGCCAACUUAUACCUUGACGAUCUGGAACUAAAGCAACCCGACCAUUUCAGCGUCCAGAGUUAUGCCAACCACAGCGCCACGAUGACCUCUGUGAGCCUCAAACGACUGGCAGAGCAGCCGGAGAACAGUAAAAUUAUCUUCAUUCACCAUCAUCCAGGUUUGGUCUCGACUGAGAUUUUUAAAAAAAGCUGGGGUGAUCAAUGGACUGAAGAUAAAGCGACAGGAGGUCCCAAGGUCACCUCGGAUAUCACUCAAUCCACUCCCGAGGAGGCUGGAGUACGGUCUUUGUAUGUGAUGACGAGCUCUCAGUAUGGUGGGAAAGGUGUACCCUUAGCAGAAGGGCAAGAGCAAGGGCUCACCGUCAACGGAGCGACGAACGGAUCCCUCUUCUGUGUUGGAAACAAGAUGGAAACUUUGCAGCUCGGUGAACUUCUGGGAGAUCUGGAGCGGAAUGGUGCUUCUGAUACUAUUUGGAACAAGACCGACGAGCUGAUUGGGGAUUAUCUGUGA